AUGUUUGUUUUUGGCUAUUGGCUUGUAACUGUUGUUGAGCUUGCCCACAAUCAUGCAUUGAACCCAAACGAAUCAAUUUUUUUUAGAUGCCAUAGGAAGCUAGAUCCUAUUAUGAAAAGAAAGAUUGAACUUAAAGAUAGAGCUGAAAGACAUAUGAGCAAGAGCUUUAACCCACUUGUUGAAGGAGAGGGGGUCGAGAAUCUUUCAUCUGCAGAGAAAGAUCACCCCAAUUUUAUUGAUGAGGAAAGAUAUUUUCAGCUUGGCAAAGGAGGUGGUGCAGCACUUUGUAAGUUUUUCCAGAGAAUGCAAGGAAGGAGUAAUGGAUUUUAUUCUGUGAUGAAUUUUAAUGAUGAUAAUAGGUUGAGAAAUGUGUUUUGGGUUGAUCCGCGAAGUAGGACAGCAUAUAAAAGUUUUGGGGAUGUCAUUACAUUUGACACAACAUACUUGACUAAUAGAUACAGAAUACCAAUUGUUCUUUUUAUGGGUGUGAAGCAUCAUGGUCAAUCAAUAUUUUUUGGAGUAGGCUUAAUAUCAAGUCAGGAUGCAUACACAUUUGUAUGGUUAUUUCAAACAUUUUUGGAAUGCAUGAAUGGUCAAACUCCGCGUGCAAUUGUGACAGAUCAAGAUAAGGCUAUAAAAAGUGCAAUUGCAAUAGUUUUUCCAAGAACUCGACAUAGAUUUUGUCUAUGGCGCAUUAUGAGAAAACUCCUUGAAAAGCUUGGAUCGCAUGCACAAUACACUUGUGGCUUAAAAAGUGUAAUACAGAAUUGUCUAUAUGAUUCUCAAACUUGUCAUGAAUUUGAGAAGAGUUGGCAAACGCUACUUGAUACUUAUAAUCUUCAUGACAAUACAUGGUUACGUGGAUUAUAUAGUGAACGGACUUAUUGA